AGAAUUGGCGACUGGCUACGUUGGCUGUAUUGAUUAGUGUUUACGUUUUGUUUUUUUCCUCUUUGAUUGUAUUGGAUAAAAUAUUUUUUAGGUUAUACGUAAACGCUUGUUGGAGAUCGCGGUAAAAAUUUGUAUUUUUCACUUUUUUUCGUUUCACCUUGUCUUGUCAAACAUCAUUGAUAAAGUCCGACUGCAAUUGGUUUCAAGAAAGUGAAUUGUUCGUUGACAAAGACAGCGACCUCGAGUAGCGUCGGGUAGUUUGCGAGUGUAUUUUCAUAUUGCCAAGAUCGUAAAUAAUAGAGAGCCAACAUAAACAUAAAUUUGUUUGUGUCGACAACGCAGCACAUAAUUUUUUUCGUAAAGAGCGAAAUUAAGCGAAACAAAAUAACAUACAUAUCAGAUUGACAUCGAAAUCACGAAGUCAUACAAUACAAUGUGAUGGAUUAAGAACGCAUAUGUAUAUGAAUCGCACAUAACAAAAGCAAAACAAAAAAAAAGAAGAACACAGAAUACAAAAUACUAAACGGUGAACGCCAAGACAAAGACCAACAGGAUAAAUAACUAACUAUUAUACAAAGUAUUUAUAUUCGUACGUCCAGAGAGUAAAGAAAUCACGAAAAAAAAAACAAACCAUAAUCAAUUCAUAAAUUAAGCGGGAGAAUCGUCCACAAAAGAGAUAGUGAAGCCAAACUGCCACAACUUUCGAGUAUAAGAUUGCCAAAAAGAAAACCAAAACAAAACCAAAUUUAUGUCUGUAAAACAGGGUGGUCAAAAUCAACGAACGACGACACGUUUGGUCGCUGCCACCACCGAAAGUGGAACAGUCGUAUCAGUGCCCGUCUCAUUACCAUUACUAGGAACUACUUUCAAUGUCAUUACACCGGAUCAAUUGCCACAUUUCAAGCAGAUGCUAUGCGUCGACAGCAAUGGUUUCAUAUCUGGUAAUGUGGUCGGAGAUGUCGGGGACCUGAAACCCACACAUAUUGUCAUACAGCAGCAGCAGACCCAACAGACGGCUUCAAUUGUUGAUCAGCAACCACCUCCGCAGACCCAAUCGGAACAACACCAGCAGCAACAAAAACAACCACAACAGCAACAAACGUCUCAAACGUCAACUACCAAUUGGAAUGACACGAUGAACCUAGAAGUGCUGCCGGUGAGAUGUAAAACAACCACCGCUGAAUUAUACAAGUCAAGGUUGGGUUCGGGUGGCCGGGGACGUUGCAUAAAAUACAAGGAUCAAUGGUUUACGCCUAGUGAAUUUGAAAACUUAUGUGGUCGAGGUUCAAGUAAAGACUGGAAGCGGUCGAUUCGCUUUGGAGGCCGAAGUUUACAGGCUCUAAUUGAUGAAAGUAUCAUCACACCGCAUGCAACGAGCUGUACUUGCCCUGCGUGUUGCGACGAUGACUCGACUGCCUCGGGACCAGUACGCCUAUUUACACCGUAUAAACGUCGAAGACGAAAUCUGCCGAAUAUGGAACAGUCGCCAAAUAAUGUACAAGCCAAACAGAAGAAACAAAGCGAAGAAGAAGGCGAACACGAGCAAGGCAUCGUGACCAAAGAAGAAACGACGUGGGAAUCUAUUACUGAUGGAAUAGACGGCACUAGUGAAUACAUUGACUCGUCGUCACAAAUUCUUGCUGAAUCUAGUAUACCUUACGAUCGCUUAAAAACCAUAUGUGCCCAAAUGACCAAAGCAACAAACGAAUUUCGUCGAUGUAUAUCGGAAGUAAAAGAGGCGCACGCACGCCAAAUCGAGCGAUUGCAACGAGAACGUGAUGCAGCCUUGAUGGCUGCUCGUGUGCAUGCCGAUAUUGAUGAUCCAAAUAAUGUUCAUCAAAUGCCGGGUGUUGAGAUACCCACUACAAAAAAGUGCGCCAAUUGUAAUCGCGAAGCAAUGGCCGAAUGCUCAUUGUGUCGACGAACGCCAUAUUGUUCAACAUUUUGCCAACGAAAGGACUGGAAUGCGCAUCAGGUUGAAUGUACAACACGUGAUCCAAAUGAAGCCACACAACAAAUUAUGCUGCUGGUUGAUGAACAGGCAUAAACUUUUUUUUGUAGAACUACACAUAUUUUACACUUGUAUUUUAAUAUUUUAAUAUAAAUUUAGUUUUUACAUGUUCAAAAGAGAGGGAGAGGGAGAGAGAAAGAGAGAGAGAGAGAGAGAGAGAGAGAGAGAGAGACGGAGAAAAAACAAAAUGAAUAAUGACGAAUUUUUCUCGCAACAAAAUGAAACAAUGAUUUCGAAUUCAUAUAAAUACAACAUGUUGCGUAAAUAAGAAAUUUUAUACACAAAACCAUUAGCGUAAAUGAUCAAAUGCAUGAAGCCAUUCAGUCUUUCAUUCUCUAUUUUAAUUCUCGUCAUUCGUUUUAUAUGUUUAGCCGAAAGACGAUUUCGAUACUGUUUUCGGUCAUAAAAUGAUAGAAAAAAAAAACAACUGGAAACAAUCGUGCAAACUUAGCCAAUUGAAAAAAGGACCCCCUUCGAACACUUCGUUCAAUUUUUAAUAACUUUUUCUUUCUAGAAGAAGAGUAAUGAAAUCAGAGUGAAGAAAAUCAGCUUUUGACGUUUCAAACAUUUAAGACUUUUUUAACAUCAUCAAUGAAUACAAUGAAUUGUGUAAAUUUUCGCUCACUUAUAUCCGCUUUCUGGGAUGGCGGUGGCUCAUAUAUUCAUUCAAAAAAUGAAUCGCAUGAGUUGCAAAUUCAAAAAAUCCAAGGAGUCUACACAGUGUGUACACACAUCUUUACUCAAUGAAGCAGAGAAAUUGUCGGCACACGCGUAGAUGUAGUAUUUCACUUGAUUUAGCAAUUCGUUAGAUGCCGAAACAUCGUAUAUGCAUUUUACUCGAUUUAUCACGUGAAAUCCUAAUAUUACACACACACACAAUAGUAUGGAGUUCACUUUUAUACUAAAGUGUCAUAACCAAUACAUUCAAAUAUAGUUGACAUAUACGAAUGGGAUAAAUGUCAUCUCAUUUGUGUAUAUUUGUUGGUGCUGACAUGUGCUUUUGCGAUGAACUUUAUUCCAUUCGUAUAUGUCAACUAUAUUUGAAUGUAUUGGUUAUGACACUUUAGUACAAAAGUAAACUCCAUACUAUUGUGUGUGUAGGUUAGCCGAAGUAUUAUUUCGUUUGCGGCGCCUAUAAUACAUAGCGUAAGCAUGGCGCCGCAAACGAAAUCAUACUUCGGCUAAUCAAGUAUUGGGAUUUCACGUGAUAAAUCGAGUAAAACGCAUAUACGAUGUUUCGGCAACUAACGAAUUGCUAAAUCAAGUGAAAUGGUACAUCUACGCGUGUGCCGACAAGUCCUCUGCUUCAUUGAGUAUGUCAUUAUUUAUUAUCCAAAUGUUUUUUAUUAUGUAAAUGUUUUUUUUUUCUGGAACUUUCGCUCCGAUAUCAAGUGAAAAUAUCCAAUCAUAUGUUUAACAGAAACAAAUCUGUAUAUAUGAAUUUCAAUACUAUUUUUGUAGUACUCUUUCAUGCGAUCAACAUGAGUCAUUGGCUUGUCUUUUUCUCGUCUAGUUCUAUCAAUGAGAUGUAUAGUCAAUUUUAUUUCUUAAAUAAACAAAAUACAAGAUAUAUAGAUUCAAAAUGAAAAAAAAAAAAAACGUGUAAAAAGGUAAUAUUAAAAUUUUGUUGUGUUUUUGACCAUU